AUGCUCAAUCCGCCUGCCAUCAUUUUCGAUAUUGCCAGUGGCAAGCAUCAUCAUUAUAAUCAGUCUCUGGUUGAAUCCACAGACUAUGCGGCUAUAACUGAACACAUUGCGUGCUACAUUGAUUUCUGUGGACCGCUCAUUGCAACAAAGCUACCACGUUCCAUAACCUCUUCCUCAACUUGUUUUGGAGCUUUGCGCAACCUCUGUCCAAACAUCAAAGUGUAUCCGGAACGUUACCUUUCUGGUGGUCUUAUUCAUUACCAACUUAACAUUCUUGUUUAUACAAUCAAUGAUGCUCCAUUAUCCGGGAUAGCUGUUGAAGAACUUGGCCGCGUUUUCUAUCGUAUUUUUAAACCAUUAUACCAGGGUUUAGAUCCUGCUGUGCUUGGUUCCGAAAAACCAAUCCCGGACCCGCCAAUUGAAACUUGGUUAAAUUUCCCUUAUGCUGACCGCCGCGCAAAUUCACCAUUCAAGUUGAUUGUAUAUCAUUUUGCUACUGAUAAUAUGAGUGCUAGUAUAUUUGGGUACAAGUUGCGUCAAGGAUUAAAACAUCAUGACAUGAAUUUAUAUUGA